GAGAGAAAACGCAUGCGCGCGCGAGAAGGUGCUCGCGGGGCUGACUUCGGUCGACAACAAUCGCAGGAAGAUAACGUUAACGGUCCGACCUUCUCAGAACGCUUUUGAAUUUCGUUUGGAACGACGGAGCAAGAGAAAAGCCUGUGCCAGGAUUGGGCGGCGCGAGUCCCCUUGCAGUGGGCACCUUGUUGAGGGGGCUAAAAAAAAACACAAGCGGAGAAAAUGAACAGAAGUUACAGCAAGUCCAGCACGCUGAGGUGCUUGGACAGGGUGGCCGUAGAAGUGAAGAGUAAGUUUGGGGCAGAAUUCCGAAGAUUUUCCUUAAGCCGGUAUAAACCUGGAAAGUUUGAUGAAUUCUACAGUCUAAUCCUUCAUAUGCAUAACAUUUCAAACAUGGAUAUAUUAAUUGGAUACGCUGAUGUCCAUGGUGACCUGCUGCCAAUCAACAAUGAUGACAACUUCUGCAAGGCCAUUUCCAUGGCAAACCCAUUGCUAAGGAUUUUUGUACAACGGAAAGAAGAGGUAGACUACAAUCUCUUUGGCACAGAUUCACUGACACGAAAGAAAAAACCUUUGGGUGGUCUCCGUAAUGAUACCCUCCGAAAACGAAUUCACCUCAGCAUUAGUAUUCCUCAAGACUUCAGACCUGUCUCUUCCAUCAUUGAUGUGGAUAUUCUGCCUGAAACUCACCGGAGAGUCCGAUUAUACAAGCAUGGAUGUGAAAAACCCUUGGGAUUCUACAUUCGAGAUGGCACAAGUGUGAGGGUGACUGCUCAUGGACUAGAAAAAGUUCCAGGUAUCUUCAUCUCGCGGCUCGUGCCUGGAGGCUUAGCUGAAAGUACGGGCCUCCUUGCUGUUAAUGAUGAGGUCCUGGAGGUGAAUGGGAUUGAAGUGAUGGGUAAGACACUUGAUCAAGCUACAGACAUGAUGAUUGCCAACAGUCACAACCUUAUCAUUACAGUGAAGCCAGUGAACCAGAGGAACAAUGUUAACCGCAGCAGCCGUAUGUCUGGUAGCUCUGGCCAUUCCAAUGACAGUACAGCCAGCCAUCAUAGCCUACCCUCGGCCCAUGUGGUGCAGAACUAUAAUCCUGAAGAUGACAGUGAUGAGGAGGCUGACAUUAUUAUUGAGGGCUGUAGUGAACCACAGAGCAUUCCAGUUAAACUGCCAUCUUCAUCCUUCACCAGUUCACGAAUGAAUGCUGGUAAUCUGAGUCAGAGACUGCAAAAGGAGCUGACAUUCAAUGGAUCCAUUAGAAAAAAUAAUGGAAAUAUACUUAAAACAUUGAGCGCAAUCAAAGCUGAGGCAAGGCAUAGCCUAGCUCUCAGUAGAGGAGGCAUUGAAGAAGAUGGAACAGUGAUUACACUUUGAAAUGUUUGGUUUGGAUUGAUGUAAGGUGCCAAUGGAGAACAAUGAACUUUGAAAUUAAAAAAGUAAAAAUGAACAUAUCUAAGAUAUUUUUGGGAACAUUUCCCUUGUUUACUGGAACUCAGUAUCUUACAGGAUGUUCUUUCAAUUGCCUUUAAUAUUAAGGCUAAUACUAUUACUCAAAUAUGGUAGUAAACAGAUGUGGACUUUAAACCCAUAAAAUAAUUUUAAAUGAUAGUAAAGUCUUUAAUAAUCUAUGUCAAAAAGCACAAUACCAAAUUAUUUUUAAGCAAAAUCAUGAAGAUAUCCUGUGAGCAAAAAUGAUUGCAUUGUAUAGAACCACUUGCUAGAUGUAUUUGUUGCAAUAAUUAUGGAAGACCAAUUUAAUUAUCUUAGAUUCUCCAAACAUUACCCUGGUCCUAGGCAUUACAGCUGUUUAUCUAUGCAUAACCAAUGAAUUCUAGAUUAUGUUUAAAAUUAUUUUUCUUAGAUAAUGUAAUGCUAAAGGCUAACAAUUGGAAUUAGUUGCUGUAGUUUAGAAUUUUCCAGCAUAACAAUGCCCAAUCCAAUAUACACCUCCAGUGUUUUAUGUUUGUAUGUUUUAAUGUUGAAUAUGUUUGGGAUUUUUCACUCUGUACAAUAUGUCUUUACAAAAACCCUUUGGACCUGAAAAUAAUAUUGCCUUAUCAGUGAAUUAGAGACUGAGGCAUUUGGUAGGUUGCAUUGGUAACCUAAGAGUGAUGUACAUAGUGGUGGUAAUGCAAUCAAAUCAUAGAAAUUUACGGCAUGGAGGGAGGCCAUUCAGCCCAUUGUGUCCACGCUGGCCGACAAGUAGCAUCCAGCCUAAUCCCGCUGUCUAGUUCUUGGUCCGUACCCUUGUAAGUUACAGCAAGGUUAUGGCAAUUCAACUGCAUAUUCAAGUACUUUUUAAAAUGUUAUGUGGCUUUCUGUCUCUACCACCCUUAAGACGGUGAGUUUAAGAUCCCCACCACCCUCUUGGUGAAAACAUUUCCCUUUGAAUUCCCUCUAAAACUCCUACUUAGCAUCAAUCUAGGCCCCCUGGAUAUGAACCCCCUCAACCAAGGGAGAAUAGGGCCUUCCUAUCAACUCUGUCUAGGCUCCUCCUCAUUUUAUAAAAAUCAAUUCGGUCUUCUUUCAGCCUCCUCUGUUCCAAAGAAAACAACCUGAGCCUAUCCAUUUGUUCCCCACAACUAAAAUUCUCCAGUCCGAGAGAUAUUAUGUCAGAGCCAAUGGUAAAGGCUGAAUUGUUCAAAUCUCAGCAGGAAACUUGGAACAACUGUCAGAAUCUAUUGUUGCAAUUUGUAUGUUUCGAGAUGCAGGCUUUGAAUUUAGUAGUAAUAAGACCACUGAGUUUCAACAAGUGUUUUUUUAAUAUAAAACUAAAUUAAACAUUUGUUAAUACAAUAAAAAUUAUAAGCUCACACAUGUCUACAAAAUUACUACUAUAAUAACUACAAAAAUCCCCAAUUUAAUCUGACUUUCAGUUACACCACUGUUAAGGCGACUGUAAAACUCAUAGAUUUAAAAACCUCUGGCAGAGCACACCCUGCCAGGACAGCCGCAUUCAAAAUUAGUUUCAGCUCGGGGUCAUUGCAGACAGACUUGAGGCGUAACAGGCUGGAGGCUUCUCACAUUUGAUGGCUCUUAAGAUGCUUCUCCCUUACACACAAUCUCCUUUCUUCUUUAUACAUAUACUUCUCUUUGAAUGUAAAGUUUUCAUUGUAUUACUAGGUUUUUAACUUUACCUCUUCUAACGAUAACAUCCUUUGG